AUAUCGUAUUUUGUCCUCUCCUGCUUCCUGUAGGCGCUGAAUGGCUUUGUGCUGGUGGUCACUGCGGAGGGAUAUGUGUUCUACUCCUCCCCCACCAUCCAGGACUACCUGGGCUUCCACCAGUCUGACGUCGUCCAUCAAAGCGUCUUCGAGCUGAUCCACACGGACGACCGCGCCAUGUUCCGACGCCAGCUUCACUUCGCCCUCAACCCCACCCAGUCAGACGGCACAGAGGGGAGCGACACUAUGCAGAGCAGUAGUGAAAUCACCAACAACCUGAUGAACUACAACCCACUGCACAUUCCCCCGGAGAACUCUUCCUUCCUGGAGCGGACCUUCUGCUGCCGCUUCCGCUGUCUCCUGGACAACUCCUCAGGAUUCCUGGCUCUGAACUUCCAUGGGCGUCUGAAGUACGUGCACGGGCAGAACAAGAUGGCGGACGACGGCACCAUGGCCCAUCCGCAGCUGGCGCUCUUCGUCAUAGCAACGCCCCUGCAGCCCCCGUCCAUCCUGGAGAUCAGGAGCAAGACCCUCAUCUUCCAGACCAAACACAAGCUGGACUUCACGCCCUCCGGCGUCGACACCAGGGGGAAGGUUGCCCUGGGCUACACCGAGACGGAGCUCUGCAUGCGCGGCUCGGGCUACCAGUUCAUCCACGCGGCCGACAUGAUGUACUGUGCCGACAACCACGUCAGGAUGAUGAAGACCGGGGAGAGUGGCUUUACCAUCUUCAGACUCCUGACGAAAGGGAACACCUGGUUGUGGGUUCAGGCCAACGCCAGACUCGUCUACAAGGGAGGACGGCCAGACUUUAUCGUGGCUCGCCAGAGGGCCCUAGCAAACGAAGAGGGCGAGGAACACCUGCGCCAGAGGAAGAUCCAACUUCCUUUCAACUUUGCGACGGGCGAGGCUGUCCUCUACGAGAGCGCGCCCCCCCUGGACAUGGCCUCCAUCAAAGGCCCGCCCAAGAUCCCCAAGAUCCCCGACCAGAUGUCUGUGGACCCCAGCUCCAUGCUGGGCUGCAUGCUACAGCAGGACCAGAUGCUGUAUGAAGGGAGCGGCGAGCCCAACUCCCAGUUCCCCGUUACCAUGGAGAUGCCCAUGGAAAUGCCCAUGGAGAUGCCCGUUGAGGUGCCCAUGGAGAUGCCCAUUGAUAAGGCCUUCCGGGACUGCCGCGCCCUGAUGAGCGUGCCCGGGGACACCUGGCAGCACGCACCACCCACCGGACCCGCCACAGGCGCGGUCCUGGCGGAGGCCAACACGAAGGACAUGAUGGAGACGCUGCAGCAGAUCAUCGGAGACACCAACAUGUGCCAGGAGCUGCAGGUGGAGAUGGACCCGCUGGAGCUGAAGGAGUGGGAGAACGCACUGCUGCGCAUGAACGCGACCAGCAACGAGUCCUCCGUGGACCUCAACGACAUCCUCACCAACGACAUUUUCUCCUACGUGGAAGGCCUGUUUGCGGAGAACGGCCUGCAGAUGCCCUCCACACAGCAGGGCGGCACGAGCCAGAGCGCCCUCUCUGGCCAGAGCGGCUUCGUGGAUCUGCAGGACUGUCUUCCAGAGCUGGAGCUGCAGACCUCCCUCCUGGCCGCUACAGGACAGGGCUUUGGCCUCCAGGGGGCGCAAAUGCUGAACAACGGCCAGCUGCAGGGCAACAUCGUGGGCCGUCAGGACGGCACGACGGCCAUAGGAGGCUCGGCGGGGCCGCCGCGGGGCACCAUGAAACUCACCCACAUGGGCCCAGAGAUCCCCCUGGCCCAGUCGGUGCCCGCUGGCGACCUCCUCGCCCAGUUUCUCCCGCAGAGGAACGGGCAGAGAAGCCUGGCUAACGGACCCAACCUCCAGGGUUUCAACCCCGCUACCCUGGCCGGCCCGUACGGCCAACCCCAGGGCCAGAGCCAGCUGCGUCUGGGGCUCCAGGCCCCCGGGCCCCUUGGUAACGGCCCCCAUCCGAACAGCAGGGCAUCUGUGCCCCAGAGGCGGAUUCUGACGGGGCAGCAGGAGAUGCUGGGGCAAGUGCACCCCAACACCAUGGCCGUCCCCACCAUGCAAAACCACCCCAUACAGACCAUGUCUCUGCCCUCUCAGCCAAUGGCGUUUCAGGGGCAGAAGGCUCUCAACCAACCCAACGGCCAGGACAGGCCAUGGGCGUCCUCCAUGCCCGGCGCCGCCGUCUCCCAGGCUAUUUCAAACCAGACGGACGUGCCCCCGGGCGCCUGCCUGCAAGGACGCUUUUCCCUCCACACCCAAAGCACCCAGGACCAGAGCCUGCGCUCGUGGCCGCCCCAGCAGCAGCAGAUACCACAGCAGCUUCCCAACACUCUACCAAAUGGACACCAGCACUUGUCUAACUGCUUCAGUCAGACCACAGACUUCCAAAGAGACCCCAUGUCUCAGCUUCUUCCCCAGAACACUCAAAGCUUCGGGACGGGCUUCAGGCCCCAGAACAACCCCGUCACCGCCCCUGGGGUCUACCCUGGGGGCUACCCCAAGCCUCAAUCGGGGCUAAUGGAUGCCCCUCACCUGUCCAAAAACAGCUGCAUGUUUGACAACUCGCCGCCCAACCCCGCCGCUGUCCCCGCCCCGUCCUCCGUGGUUAACAGCGUGGGUUUUAACCACCUGCGGCCGGACGACAUGCUGGCGCGCCAGAAGAUCAAGGCCCUGCUGAACCCCAUUCCCCCGCAGCAGCCAUCCUGCUUCUACCAGGAGAGCCCCGGCGACGUCCUGGGCACCACGCCCCCCCUUAACCCGCUGCCCCUGCAGGACGCCCUCAACCCGCUCGCCUGCCAUCAGUUCAUCAACUGCAACGGCCAGACGCAGAUCACCAACCCUCUAAUAAAAGACAACAACUCCUUUCCGUUCCCUGGCAUGGGCAGCGAAAGCCCAUACUUCUCAGAGACCAGUCAAGCCAACUGUUGUGAUUACUAGAAGCACACGCUCUCCCCUUUGCCUUUUGUGCCGUGAAAACGACCGACCGUGAGACCUGGCGGAGCAGCACUUGUCUCGAAGAAAAAACGAUCCAAAAUGACUAAAACAAAAACCAACGACUCACAAACGGCUCACAAAUGCCUUCUGAGAUUCUUUCUACUUGCCUUUCUGUGGAGUCCAGGAGAUUUUGAUGGGAGGCUCCUUUUGUACCAGCCGCAGCUCGAAAACCUAUAAAAGAGGACCUCACAUGACAUCCGUCAGUCAGACAUUUUGAUUUUAUUUUUUUAUUUUGUUUUAAAUUGAAAAGGAAAUGAAAUGGAAGCAGCGGCAGAGUCAGUGGAGAACCUGCGGGGCGGCUGAAGGCUUGCAUCGUGAACUCUGUGCUCUGCUCUUUGGAGGCAAGGAUAAAAUACCAGGAAGGUGCAAAAGAAAAUAUUUAUUUUGUUUUUUGUUCUAUGCAUUUGUAUUUCCAUAUCUUUGUCACUCUCACUUUAAAUAUGCCUUGAGUGUUUUUUUUAUUUUCCAGUUUUGUUUUUUCUUGCGUUUUAAAGCCACAGGAAAUUAGUGUGAGUAGAUGUGUGUGUGGUUGGUCAGUUUGCUACCCGUGUUCUCUCUAAUGAAGUAAGUGUGCAGAAGGCUGGGGGAGACACACACACAGGCCACACACACACACACACACACAAACACACACACACACACACACACACACACACACACUCACACAUCACAGAUGAGGUUCUGGUGAAACAGAGACACACAGUAACCAUCGCUGCAAUAGAA